AUGGUGUGGGCACCACAUGGACCCUCUGGGACUGACUGACCGCCCUUGCCUCGCACCCCCGCACAAGGACAGCAUCCCCCCAAGAUGUCACUGGAAUGGCUGGCGGCCUGGAGCUGGUCGCUGGACGGCCUGAGGGACUGCAUUGCCACCGGCAUCCAGUCCGUGCGGGACUGGGACACCACCGCUGUGGUGACCGUGGCCUGCCUGCUGGUCCUGUUCGUGUGGUACUGCUACCACGUGGGCCGGGAGCAGCCGCGGCCCUACGCCUCGGUCAACUCCCUGAUGCAGGGCGUCGAUGCCAACGGGCUGCAGAACGGGUUCAUGUACUGCCAGUCUCCCGAGUGCGUGCGCUGCGUGCACAACGACGGCCUCAACCAGAAGCUGUACCACAACCUGCAGGAGUACGCCAAGCGCUACUCAUGGUCCGGCAUGGGCCGGAUCCACAAGGGCAUCCGCGAGCAGGGCCGCUACCUCAGCAGCCGGCCCUCCAUCCAGAAGCCCGAGGUCUUCUUCCUGCCCGACCUGCCCACCACACCCUACUUCUCCCGCGAUGCCCAGAAGCACGACGUGGAGCUGCUGGAGCGUAACUUCCAGACCGUGCUGUGCGAGUUCGAGACCCUCUACAAAGCCUUCUCGAACUGCAGCCUGCCGCAGGGGUGGAAAAUGAACAGCACGCCCAGCGGGGAGUGGUUCACCUUCUACCUGGUCAACCAGGGGGUUUGCGUGCCCCGGAACUGCAGGAAGUGCCCACGGACGUACCGCUUGCUGGGAAGCCUUCGGACCUGUAUUGGGAACAAUGUUUUUGGGAACGCGUGCAUCUCCGUGCUGAGCCCCGGGACCGUGAUCACGGAGCACUACGGGCCCACCAACAUCCGCAUUCGGUGCCACUUAGGUCUGAAAACGCCAAGCGGCUGUGAGCUGGUGGUGGGGGGUGAGCCCCAGUGCUGGGCUGAAGGCCGCUGCCUCCUCUUCGAUGACUCUUUCCUGCACACAGCAUUCCAUGAAGGCUCAGCCGAGGACGGCCCCCGGGUAGUGUUCAUGGUGGACUUGUGGCACCCUAACGUGGCCGCGGCUGAACGGCAGGCCCUUGACUUCAUCUUUGCUCCGGGACGAUGA